AUGAUUGAGUUGUACAAAGUUGAGAAAUCUGAAUUUUAUGAUGUGUAUGUGCAAUGUUUGGAAGGGAAAAAUAUACAUGAAUAUCUUGUGUUUGAUGGCAUGCUUUUUAGGAAAGAUUUAACACCCUUGCCACCUAAUAUGUUUACAAGUGAUGCAGCUUUGUCUAAAGCCGAAUACAUCAAAACAUUACACAAAGAGAUCAAGGAACAGAUUGAGAACAAGAAUCGAAAGCUAGUAAGUCGCGAGAACCAAGGGAAAAAGAAAGUUAUUUUUAACCCAGGUGAUUGGGUCGGGUUCAUCUACGAAAGGAAUGGUUUCCAGAUCAGAGGAAGUCAAAACUUCAACCGAGAGGAGAUCGUCCCUUUCAAGUGCUUGAAUGGAUCAAUGACAAUGCGUACAAACUGGAUCUUUGAGGCAACAUCAAUGAUGGUUAGUGAGUAUGCGAAAUCAAUCAUGAACAUGAAAGAGAGGCGGCACGUGUCAUCGGCAAAAUCUCCGUCUCCUCCAUUUUACUCCGUCUUCGGCAUCGGCGGUGACGAACGGAAGCACCACUCAGUUGCAGAAGCUCUGAAGAAAGUGGCCAUGAAUAUUUUCGAUUCGAGAAGACCUACGAUCAAGCUAUGGCACGCCAAGAAAUCCAAUUCACUGUUCCGAUUCUCUCGUUUUCCUCUCUCUGCCCUCGCUCCACUCUUCUGUUUCCUUCUUCUCCUCUUCGUAACCUACAUCUCCUCCUCCUUCUCUUCCUCUUUCUUCAUAUCCUCCACUGCAUUUUCGACUACUACUUCGCGCCGAUGCAACUCCCGGAUCUUAGACCUGGGCGAGAGAUUUCUGUUCUACGCGCCCCACAGCGGGUUCAGUAACCAGCUUUCGGAGUUCAAGAAUGCGAUUCUGAUGGCCGGGAUUCUGAACCGGACUCUUGUUGUUCCGCCGAUUCUGGAUCACCAUGCCGUUGCUCUCGGUAGUUGUCCUAAAUUCAGAGUUGUGGAUCCUGGGGAGAUUCGGCUUGCGGUUUGGGAGCAUAUGCUGGAGCUUCUUAAGGAUGGAAGGUAUGUCUCCAUGGCGGAUAUCGUGGAUAUUUCACCAUUAGCUUCUUACCCUUCUGUUAAAGCCAUAGAUUUCCGGACCUUUGCCUUCUUAUGGUGUGGGGUGAACCUGGAAAGUUUUUGUUCCAAUGAAUUUCGUGAGCAGUCCCCUUUUUUGUAUAGUUUAAAGCAAUGUGGACGUUUGCUAGCAGGGCUUGAUGGCAAUGUGGACAAGUGUUUACAUGCUGUAGAUGAAGAUUGCAGAACUACAGUGUGGACUUACCAAAAUGGUGAAGAAGUUGAUGGGGCUUUAGAUUUGUUUCAGCCUAAUGAACAACUUAAGAAGAGAAAGAAGAUGUCAUAUGUCAGACGCCGUCGAGAUGUAUAUAGAACCCUCGGAUCUGAUUCUGAAGCUGAAUCAGCUACUGUUUUGGCAUUUGGAAGUCUUUUCACUGCCACAUACAAAGGUUCGGAACUCUCUAUUGAUAUCCAUGAAGCUCGUGGAGACCAAAGAAUUAGUUCUUUGAUGAAAAACAUUGAGUAUCUACCAUUUGUCCCGGAAAUCUUGAGUGCAGGGAAAGAGUAUAUUGACAGGACCAUAAAAGCUCCAUUCCUUUGUACUCAACUAAGAUUGUUAGAUGGGCAGUUCAAAAAUCACUGGAAGGCUACUUUUCUGGCCCUCAAACAGAAACUAGACUCUAUAUUGCAGAAUGCCAAGGAACCUAUUCAUGUUUUCGUGAUGACCGAUCUUCCCGAGUCUAAUUGGACCGGAAGCUACCUAGGGGAUUUGGCUGGUGACUCGAAUCACUUCAAACUAUUUUUCCUCAAAGAACACGACGAAUUGGUUCUACGAGCGUCCAAAAAAGUGAUGGCUGUAGGACAUGGCUUCAGAUUAGCAUCCAGUGCAUCUGGUACCGGCACAAUUCAUGAUAUGAAGAAAAAAUGUGCUUCUGAGAGAUUACCGGAUAUUCUCUUAUACAUUGAGGAAACUGUCUGCAGUUGUGCCUCACUUGGUUUUGUUGGUACCGCUGGAUCCACAAUUGCUGAGAGCAUAGAGCUGAUGAGAAAAUAUGGAUUGUGUUCUGGUCAAAAUUUAACCCCAUCUUGACAUUUAGACUUCAAGCUUAAACUCAUCAGAACUUCCACUGAAGUUAUUCUGUGUCAACCUAAUAUUUUUAGACCAUCACGACCUUACAUGAACAGAAUUCUAAUAUCUCUGGAUCAUUGGACCGAGUCAAAGCUGAUGUACAUGGAUUGAGAAUGUGCAUAACCAUUGGAUUCUGCUCGGCUUGUCAUGAAUUGAAGACUGCUUUCCUAGCAAUUCUCUAGUCUCGUCUAAUCCCGUGACUAAUGGCGACCUUACCAAGAUGGCCAGUUAUUGAUUCGAAUCUACCGGCGCCUCAGUCAGUUGGUUAAAGUAUACAUGGAAUGGAACAACAUCAUAUGAAACUAAUGGAAUGAGAUUGCUUGCAAGGAUAUGGAUGACAGGAGGGAUACACACUACUGCUUCGAACCCCAUGAUUCAGAUAAUACAUGUAAGAUGAAAUUUUUAAACAUCAUUUUCAACUUUUCUCUUGUUUAGUACACGUAAAAUUCUCACAUUUUAUAAUUUUAAAAAGAAUAAUACAAAACUCUUUGUAAAUCAAAGGUUUUUAUUAUUGUAUAUUAUGCAACUUUUUACCUGA